CAGAGCUGGGCCAACAGCCUGCGGCUAAGCGCGGAUCGAGCCCCCGUACCCCCGUCUCUGCUCAAGCUUCCGCAAAACUUUUAUUCUCUGAAUGUGUGAAGGACUUGGAGCGCUUCGCCAGCUCAGGGUUCCCCUACAGCGGCGGCCGAGGGGACUUGCAUCCCUCGCCCGCCAGCUCUCCCGCCCUGCGCUUCCUCACCUGCUGCUCACUCCCCGGAGCCGUAAGGGGCACCCCUGGAGGGACCGCGCAGGAGCCGCCGCCCCGAACUCUCUCGGCCACCGCAGCUCACCCGCCCGGCCGCAACUUUAACUUGAUUGCUCUCGCCAAGUCUGGGUACCCGCGGCAGCUGCUGCCUCACAAAAGGGCGCGGGGAGGGGAGGCGGCGCGGGUGGCGGGUUCGGAGGUCCGUGCGCAGGACGCUGGCCUAGAGCAUCAGAGGCGGGUAAACAAAAGGGAAACUGCCUCGGCUCGCAGUGCCCGCUCAGAGCAGCCUGCUCGUCCGCCUCCCGCUCGGCUCCUCACCCCUGUCCCCGGUUCUCGAUUGCCGCUCCGCCUCCGUCCCUGCGGGCGGCCCCCGCAGUGUUCUGAGCCCCGGCGAGCCUUCGGGGCGCGCAUCGCUUUUGGUUGGGGCUCUAGCGGUAAUAAAUGAUAGAGGAUACAAUGACUUUGCUGUCUCUGCUGGGUCGCAUCAUGCGCUACUUCUUGUUAAGACCCGAGACGCUGUUCCUGCUGUGCAUCAGCCUGGCGCUAUGGAGUUAUUUCUUCCACACUGACGAGGUGAAGACCAUCGUCAAGUCUAGCCGGGACGCUGUGAAGAUGGUGAAGGGCAAGGUGGCGGAGAUCAUGCAGAACGAUCGGCUUGGGGGUCUCGACGUGCUCGAGGCCGAGUUUUCCAAGACCUGGGAGUUCAAGAGCCACAACGUGGCUGUGUACUCCAUACAGGGCCGAAGAGACCACAUGGAGGAUCGCUUUGAAGUCCUUACGGACCUGGCCAACAAGACGCACCCGUCCAUUUUCGGAAUCUUCGACGGGCACGGGGGCGAGACUGCAGCUGAAUAUGUAAAAUCUCGACUCCCAGAGGCCCUGAAACAGCAUCUUCAGGAAUAUGAGAAAGACAAAGAGAACAGUGCACUGUCUUACCAGACCAUCCUUGAACAGCAGAUCCUGUCAAUUGACCGAGAAAUGCUGGAGAAGUUGACUGUGUCCUAUGAUGAAGCAGGCACAACAUGUUUGAUUGCUCUGCUAUCAGAUAAAGACCUCACUGUGGCCAAUGUCGGCGACUCACGUGGCGUCCUGUGUGACAAGGACGGGAAUGCCAUUCCUUUGUCUCAUGACCACAAGCCUUACCAACUGAAGGAAAGAAAGAGAAUAAAGAGAGCUGGUGGUUUCAUCAGUUUUAAUGGUUCCUGGAGGGUCCAGGGCAUCCUGGCCAUGUCUCGGUCCCUGGGGGAUUAUCCACUCAAAAAUCUCAACGUGGUCAUCCCUGACCCAGAUAUCCUGACCUUUGACCUGGACAAGCUCCAGCCCGAGUUCAUGAUCUUGGCAUCAGAUGGCCUCUGGGAUGCUUUCAGCAAUGAAGAAGCUGUUCGAUUCAUCAAGGAGCGCUUGGAUGAACCUCACUUUGGGGCCAAGAGCAUAGUUUUACAGUCAUUUUACAGAGGCUGCCCUGACAAUAUAACAGUCAUGGUAGUGAAGUUCAGGAAUAGCGGCAAAACAGAAGAGCAGUGAACCCUCCAAGGGUCUCAGCUGCCUUACACUAAAGGACUUUCAACACACUGGUCUGUUUUUAAUGUAAUGAAAGGUGUGGGAGUUAGGAUCAUCCAUCCCAGGCAUGGGUUUCCCUCUCCCUGGUGGUCUUAGAUCUAUAUUCGGUGAUGAACAGAAGGUGCUUUUGGCCAAUGUAUCUGAGAGGCUGAAAAAUGGUUUCUUCAUGUUUCCCCAACGCUUCAUCCGAUGUUCAAAAUAUAUAAAUAUAUAGCUGUAGAUUCACUUGUAUGAUGUGAAUGGCGUAGGCGCCAUAUAUCUCCCUUUGAAGGUUCUUUUAAGGAUCCCUUGCAAGGUCUUCCAGGCAUCAGACUUUGUGCCAUCCCUUUGGAGGAGUGGGCUGGGCAAGCUUCCCAGAGCUACAGGAUGCAGGCUGUAGAGUCACCUGUGAGUCAGAGGCUGACGUGCCAGCACCCUUUGCCAAGAGGCAGGGGUGCCCUGCGAACAUCUUUGUCCUCUUGAGCCUGGAUUUUCUGCUCAGCAGCAACCCAGAGGCAGAUUUGGAAUAGUUUCUUACUCUUCGGCUGCUCUCGGAGACUGAAGGAAGUGAGGAUGGGAGAUCAGUGGCAGGUGCCUUCACAGCAGAAAUCACCCUUUUCCCUGGCUCCUUUUAUUAGUUAAAUAGACGUGCGUAUCACCUGACCAGCCUUUGUGUGUUUAUCCUAAUCAUGCAUGAAUGACCUUAAUAACCUUUUGCUUACGCCUUACCUUAUAUAAUCAAAAAACAAACCAAACUGUUCUGCCCCAUAGGGUUUCCAAGGAGCAGCUGGAGGAUUCGAACUGCUGACCUUUUGAUUAGAAGCCAGGCUCUUCACGACUGUACCACCAGGGCUCCCCUUUGUAGUAGGCAGCUGUUGAACUUCACCACCAGGCAGUUUUUUUGUCUUACAUUACCAAGAAACCAUAUUAGGGGAAGUUAGAAAAAGCAAAUCACAGUGGUGGUAUUCAGCCAUAAUUCCUUCCACCCUUAAGGGUAGAUAGAGGAAAAGAAUGUUGAGUCACAGUGUUUGCACUAGAAAGGCUGAGCUGCUGAGGUUGCCACCCUGAACUGAGCUCCAGCUGCCAGUUUGUGUGUGUGUGUGUGUGUGUGUGUGUGUGUGUGUUUUCCUAUCUUAGUAUCUUUCAAGAGUCUUUCAAGCAGUGUUUUGAGAAGCAGCAACCUAGAAUUGUGUCUAUGUUCCUUGAAGCUGGAUGCAGAGUUCCCAGCCACUGCCGUUUGAAAUUUGGUGGUAAACAACUGGGACAAGCAUUGGAAAGGAAAGGCAGUAGCCUUUAAUAUGCGGUUGCUACUUACCGUCCAUACGAGGUACCUUCACUCAAGCAGAUGUAAACUGGCCACAAGCCGCCUGCGGGGACACCUUUGGGCCGCAUGUGUGGCGACCAACGCAGCCGGCUUGGAAUUCAGGCACAGAACAGUAUUGAUGAAGCUGUCAAGAAUUAUUUUUGGCCCAGGCUUGCUGCUUUCCAUUUCCUAUUACAAAGUCAUGUUUCCAAUCUCAGUAUUUUAUAAAUUAAUUUACAGAAAAUGCUGAGUUAUCCUGUUUGCCUGACUGAGGCACCACAAACAACCAAACAGGAUUUUUGUUGUGUUCGACCCCGUUCUGUCUGAAAUGCCAGGUGUUCGCCGGGUUUCGCUCUUGGCAAGGUUAUUGUGGUUACAGCUUCUGCAAGACCGGGUUCAGUCGCCCCCUACUGCGCAGAGUGGAGCUUUCCAGAAGCAAGUUCCCAGGGAGAAGCAGUUUACAGAUGAGAUUCCCUUGUGGCUGCGGAGGACUGCAAACCAAAAAAAAAAAAAAAGACCGUUGAGAAUUAAAAUUAAGCUUUCAAGAGCUCUGGUGGGACAAUGGUUAAAGCACUUGCCUGCUAACAGGUUGGCAUCGAAUCCACCAGCUGAUCCUUGGAAGCCCUAUGGGGCGGUUCUACUCUGAGUUGGAAUUGACCCCACAGCAGUGGGUUUGGUUUAAGGCAUUUUUAUUAUUCAUUCAUUAUUUAUUUAUUCAUUUUUUAGCCGUAGAAUGUUCUAAUACAAAACGUCUGCCACCACUUUAGAUUUAAGCAUUUGCCUGCUCAGAGACACUGAGCUUUUGGAUUUAUGCCUCUAGGGUGGAGAGUGGGGAGGGGUGUGUGGAAAACAAGAAACAAGUGCUGGCUGUGAUCAGUGAUGGGACACUUCACACCAAGGGGCCUGAGUUUGAUUGGCAAUUUAGGACAUCCUGACUCUGGAGAGUUAACCAAAGCUACCGACUAACUGAAGUUCAGGAAUAAGCGGUUUCAGCCCUUUUUACAGUACAGUCACUUUUCUUUUUUUUUUAGUUAAUGCAAAAAUACAUAAUACAAGGGAAAGACAUUUUAAAAUUCCACAAUCAUUUUAAUUGUCUAAAAUAAAAAUAGUAACAUUUUAGUGAAGAUUUUUUAAAAAGCUACGAAAUUAGUGUUUAUUUACACUGCAAUUUUUCUUAAUAGAUGGUGCUGAAGGCAGAAGUUGUAUAACUUUACCUUUAAUUGAGGCUCAAAAGGCAUCUUCUAAAUUUUGCUUUGUAGAAUUAAUUCAUUUCUGACUGUCGCCAAAUAGUGUAUUUCCAAGCUCCCUUUCUGCCUCCUCCCCACCCGACUUUGGCUUGUAGAUUUUUUUACAAGAGAGGAAUUCUAAGCAAAAGCGUCACGUUUUGAUUAAUAAUUAUGUGUGUAAAGUCAGGGUGCUUUGUUUCUUCCCAGCAGCCUCCCGGAGCUCUCCCUCCCUGACCCUUUUGCUGCUGUUGCCCUUUGGCAGACGUCACUCCUGGGGUGCCCUGUGGCCCAUGCACUGCUCUGAGUCUCUGGGGAUGAGUGAAAGGUUGAAUGUUGCCAUUAGGGAAGUUGAUCUGAGAAGUUUGCAUAAGAAACUUCCCUAAAAAAGCACUGCCAAAGCUUUGGAAUUGUUGCCCGAGGCUUCUAGGACUCUCUAGCCCAAAUUCACAUUGCCAGUAAUCCCCAUGGUGCCAAAUUGUGGGAUGGUUUUUACAGUCUUUUAGAAAUGAAGCUGGGAAUGACAGCGUGUUUAUGAGCCCCCAGCAAGAUGCCAACCCCAGGCCUUCAUGAAUCACUGCUCUGCUGCUGAUCCAUUAGCAAUCUGUACUCUUAAAAUGGAUUGGGAUUGGGGUAGAGGUGGGGUGGGCAGGGAAGUUUUUUAUUUUAAUUCACUAUAUUUGCAAUUCUUUAAUCAAAAGAAUAAACAAUACUUAUACAGAAAGCUCCAAAGCUAGUUCUCAAGCAAAGCCUGCAUUUUUCAUGACCAACUUGCCCAAGGUACUUAACUCUGAAGUCUCUGUUCUAAUACAAGACUAUACAAUGUGUGCACAUUACUGGUACCCAGUGGCUACAUUGUAUUCCUUGAUGUGGAUUAAAGAUAUUGGCUUUUUAAAUCUUGUAUAUGUAAUAAGAGUAUUACAGAGAGCAUUUUAUAGAAUGAAGGGGCAUAUACAAGCUGGAUAAUUUAAAACAGGCCUUAUUAGAUGCAAGUGGCAAACAGGACUGCCUGAGAGUGAGGGCAUCAUUUUAAGCCAAUCUGAAGUGAUCCUGGAAAUUGUAUGGCUCCUUUUGGAACAGAUAAAUGGGGUAUCUGGCAACACAUGAGGGAAUCACAGGAGCAAUCCCUCAUUCCUUUACUGGGUGCACCUUUAUUUUCCUGAUUUUUUCUUUUUUUGGUGGCGGUGGAGGGUAGUUUCCAGAUCUCCUAACUCUCUUACAGUGUGUCAACUCAAAAGGUUUAGGUUUAGAAACGGCAAGAUUUCAAUGUGUUUUUAAAAGCACAGAAAUACUUUUGAUGAGACUUGAUUUUCCAGUGAUUUCAGAAAAGCAUUUUUUCUCCUUUUGACCCAUCACUAGACUGAGCUUUGCUUGUAUUCCCUGAAAAUUGCCUUAGCACAUCACACCAGCAUUCCUGACGCAGCUCUAAAGAAAUGACGUGAUUAUUAGACACUAUGCUGGGGUUCAUUUAAUGGCAUCUGCAUUAAAUCACUGGUAUCUAGAUGUCUGAGCUAGUUAGCUGCAUCCUGCAGGAGUAAUAGAAUCCAGUGUUCCCCAAAACAUGUUCCAUAGAACACAAGUUCCAAAGUUGCUCUUCCAAAUAUAGGGUUCCAGAAUCAAAUGAGUCUGGGAAACGCAUAGUGUUUUAGAAAGUUAGUGCGUACAAGCACAUCAAAGGAUCUAAAUUAGAUCCUGCAGGGGAAAACAAAACACACCACGUGUGUAACUUCAGUUAGCUUAGUGUUUUUAAGAUUAAUUUGACCACAGAAACGUUUUUUGAGUAAUACCCGGUAACAUUCCAAGGAACUUGUCUUCCACCAAACCCACUUUCAGAAAUUCCGGUAUAUCAAAAUAUUGCCGUUUUCUCCUUCAUUCUGACUCUUGUAUAUGUAAUAAGUCAUAUGUAAUAUGACUCUUAGUAGUAGCAGUACAAUUUGUAAUUUAGAAGCACUAAUCCUUUCACCCUGGUGGCGUAGUGUUUAAGCGCUACAGCUGCUAACAAAAGGUUGGCAGUUUGAAUCCACCAGGCGCUCUUUAGAAACUCUAUGGGCCAGUUCUACUCUAUCUUAUAGGGUUGCUGUGAGUCGGAAUCGACUUGACGACAGUGGGUUUUGGUUUGGUGAUCCUUUCAGCAAGAGGCUGUCUCGUUAGUAAAAGCAGUGUUAAGAAACAUUAUGACUUAACUUGACCAGCAGCAGCAUCGCAUUGAUUGAGAACUAAAAUUCAUGUAGAAUAGCAGAAGCCCAGCAAUCAGUCAGUCUUCAGCCUCUCAACAUGGUCUCCCACCUAUUACAUGAAUAAAAAGUAAGAGCCUUGCAUGGCUAGGCAUUUCUCAAAUUCAUUCCAAGAGUUUUUGGUUGCUUUUUUGUGGUUAUCUUUACUUUCUGGAUUGAAUCAAAAUAAAUAUAUUUUUACAUUUCAUCACUAUGUCACAGUAAAAAGAAAAAAAUGGUGGGGGAGCAUGUUUGACUUUAAUUCAUUUUUAAAUUUUUAACUAGAUUAUUAAAAUUCUUCGUUAUGUAGUAAUAGAAAUAUAAACUUAUUUACUCUGUUGUCUCCAAAUUCAGUAAAUAAUUUGAGAUCA